AAACCAGUGAAAGUUGCAAGUACAGCAAGUAGCGGACCAGCGACCGCAGAAACAUGGAAAGCACUCGAGCAGAGUUCGCAGGGUACACGGAAAGACGAUGAAGAUACCUCUGCAGGUGAGGAGAAAACCGUUUCGGUCUGAAUCCUUUUCUUAAACAAUUAGACCAAAAUUCAGUGACAAUUCGACAUUUGCCAUUCAUCGAGUGCAGCUCUGGAAAAUUCAAAGUCUGCGGAAUUGUCAGUAUUUUGUGCCCAACAGAGGCUUCUUCGAGUCCUAUAAACUAUGGGGCAGUUAUUGUAGGGAACAAUCGUCUCGGUUAGCUGAACCAUCUGGAUUUUCCACGAUUCUGGGUAAAAAUAACAAUUUUUCUGGUCAGUCGUUGGUGAGAUUAGAUAAAAUUGACCGUUAAUCGUUGGAGUUGCAUCGUCUCAUCACAACCACUUGAGGUAAUGUCUUUGCUGUAUGUGGAGUACAGGCUUAGCAUGUAUGGCGCGGUAACUAGGACAAAUCGAUGUGCUACACCUUUUAAGUGAAGACGUACACCUUUAAAGUGGCAAGGUACACGUUUAAAAUGAUGACGUACACCUUUAAAGUGACGAGGUACACCGUUAAAGUGAGGAGGUACAUUUUUGAAUUGACGACCUACAUCUUUGAAGUGACGACCAGUAUGUUUUUUAAGCGUCUAGAGCGUCUCGGGAAACUUCAGGACUCUCGGGAAAACAAAACUAACUGGUUUCCCGAGUGACCUAACAAUAAGUGUUUUGUUAUAUCUCUAAGAAGUUCCCAGAAGAAAAACAGCAGCCAAGGGAGGAAAAAGAUACGGAUAAUAUAAGGACAGUACUUUGUAAAUCAAUAAUUGCGUGGUUUUGAGAAUUAAAUUUGUGUUGUUAUAAGUACCGAGUCGACUGUUUUGGUUCGCUCCGGUUAUUCUUUUGUUGCUGUUGAAGUGAAAGUCUGGAAAUAUAACAAAACACUUAAUGUCAGGUCCCUCGAGAAACCAGUUAGUUUUGUUUUCCCUCUAGUCCUGAUGUUUCCCUCGACUUCGUGUCGGGAAAACAAAAGUGUUUCCCAUGGGAUCUGACAUGAAGUGUAUACUGUUACUUUUAGUAUCACCACGCUCUCCAAAACAAAUACUUUCUGAAUGCUCGCUUAAACGACAAAUGCUGCUUUAAAGAGUUUUGGGACUUUUGGGUUAUGUCCACACUAUAACGGAUAGAGCGAUUUUCGUAUGACCUUGAAAUGAAAACGCGCGAACAAAACAAAAACAGCAAACGAACGGAAAUAAAGCGAUUUGAUUGGUUUAUCGAACGGAUACAAACGCACCUGGCUUUUGGUUGGUUAAGCGAACGCUCGGUUGAAAAAACGUCAUGCCCGAAGAACUUUCUAGAAAUUGCUUUGACGUCAUACUGCAACACGAUUGGUCAAGCGAACAAUGCCUUCUCCAUAUUAGGGUUUUCUUUGGCGGGAAAACGAAGAGUCCAUGUUUUGUUCUUUUCAUCCAUUGGCCGCUAAAACAAAUAACAAACACUCAUGGAAACCAUUUUUCAAGGUCAUACGAAAAUCGCUCUAGCUUUUGCGCUGACACGAAAAAGGAUAGGGCUUCUGUUCACACACAAGAACGGUGAUUUUGGCGCGAUUUCUGUAACGGAGAGAAGCUAAGCCGCGCGCACAGGAGAGUCACAUAUCGGACAGGAGGUGAUCGAACUAUACUGGAUAGCUUUUCGUGUAGGCUCGAAAAGCUUUCCUGUAUAGUGUGAACAUAGCUUUAGAAUCACGUUUACUGCUAACGAGAAAUAUCAAUUUGUACCGGCCACAUGAUCGAAUUUUGCCUUUUUAAUUGUAAAUUUCAUUUUAUUUACCCAAAAAAGACGUUUUGUGACAAUUUCGUCCUUAAAAAUCAUUUUGGUCAGUUCUUAUCUGCUUAUUUCUUGACAAUUACUUAGAAAUUUGGCUGAAAAGCACCUAAUUUUUUAGCCUGCGAAACAGGCGUUUUUUUCGCGUUUUUCAGGCGAGCGAAGGAAAGCGCGAGGCGGGUGUGGAGCGCCCUCCCCCGCUGCGCGUGUCUGGUGCACCUCGCUUGCUUUGUGCUUGCCUUCGCUGGCUUGAAAAACGGGUCCCUGCCAAAAAAUACACUUGUUGUGCGAAACCUUGUAAGCACAAUAAAUGGGCAAAGCUCAGCCUCAAAAAAUUAUCCUCGAUAUUUAUUGUAACUGCAUUUUUACCACAAGUUAGUCCACUAACCGGAGCCACUAACAUACAAUGAUGGGAAGAAUAACUGCAAAAAGACGUAAAAGUUUGGUUUACAUUCUUUUUCAGGAGCAACUGCUAGCGCUAUCAAGGAUUGGGACACGGAAGAGGAAGUAUCCUUUACUUGAUCUUAACAGGUUGAUUAGACUGUAAUCAUCUAUUUGGGUUUAAAUAAGGAAGAAGAUGUGGUGGAGGAGAGUAUGGAGGUGCCAGGGAUCUCCUUUAGGAAGGUUAUAAAGGAAAUGAAAUCGUCUUUAAACAAACUGUCCGAAAUUAUUUUAAAGUGGGAGCUGUUUUUAUUAGAUUUCGCUUUUCCUUCUUUUGUAAAUUUUAUGUGCUUUUAUGCUGUUUUUAGGCUGUUUUCACUUAAGUUUUUUACUUUGCAAUUCUCCAGUUUAAUAUGUUCGUUUAGUUUAAAAUGAGUUCAGUCAAUGUAUCUUUUUCUAUUCACGGUCAGCUAAGAUUCCAAAAAAGCAACCAUUUUUUUCGAAAAAUAUCCCGAAACUUUUCGGGAGGGGUGAGCAUGUGACACCCACCCUGAAAUUAUCGGGUGAAACGUUUAGUGAAUUAAAUUUGCGAUCUUUGAUUUUACGCGUUUUGAGAAAUACAGGUUUAAAUCGUUUUCGAGAGCUUUUCCGGGCGAAAUUUUGGUUCGUUCGGAACGCCCUUGCCAUGGCAUGUUGUUUCCAGUGUUGAUGAAAACAGACGUUUCUGAGAGCGAAUACAUUCUUCAGCAAAGGAAGUUACUAAACGAAGCGUGACACCAUGGAGUAAGAAAUCCAUGUCCAUCUGAGUUAAAACGGGUUAUCACUUGACAGCGCUGUUCGGCCACCUGGCAGAUCUAAACCAACUUAAACAGACAUGAAAAUGAAAAUAUAUAAUGUGUAGGAUGGUGUGCAGAUGAUGAUGAUGAUGAAACCUUUAUUUAAGUGUCAUAAAAUUCUAGUACAUUACAGUACUAAUUGGGGACACUAAAACAAAGCUAAUUAAAAUAAAGUAAAAUUAUCAUAAUUAAGACUUAAGAAUCUAAAAUUCCUAAAAAAUAUGUACAAUUUAUAUCAAAUUAAUCAUAUAAAAUUUAAAAACAUUUAUCACGAAAAUUUACAUAUCAUAUUAGGUAUUACAUAAAUAGCAAGAGGCACAGCUACUGUUGUCCAAUGCGGAGAUAUCUCUACAGUUUAUCAUUCGUUUGAAGUCUUUCAGAGUUGGUGCAUUUCUCUCAGAGCUGGACAACUUGGACCAUAACAAUGGGCCCAAGUAUCUGAUGGAAUGCCUUCCAUACUUUACAGUAUUGUAUCUUGGAAGGAUAAAGUCUGAGUUUCGGAGGCUGUAUGGCUUUAAAUCAUUUCUUUUGACAAUGUUUUCAAAGUAACCUGGCGCCAUUUGGUGCUUAACCUUGUACAUCAGAAAUAGUAUGUCCUUCAACCUUCUUUCAUUUAAUGUAUCUAGAUUAGCAGAGCAACACUGACAAAUAAGUAAGUUUUGUUUAGUAACUUUCUUUUAUCGAGACUCCAUUCACCGCUAAUUAUUUUCCCCAUCCUUGACCACUGUCAGAACAUUACAUCCCCGUUGUUGAUGCCUACCAUCCACAUACCAAUUGUCAGUUUGCCUGUCUGCGAACCCCAGCUGGUGACAGAACUAACACACAUUAUACAAGAAGGCGAAACGUUUGAAAAACUCGGCAUCAGCUUUGCCCUGCAAUUUGAUUUCGAUUACUGGAAAAGAAACCAUGUACUUCCACAUUACCUACUGGGAAGAGCGUGCAGGGGUUACAGCGUCCAAACUGGAAGGUUCAGCCUAUUGUACCCGCGUCGUAGAGUGUUCAUAGAUGACCUAUUAGCAGACAGGUCACAAGAACAAAAGGCGUAUUUGGAUCGUGGCAUCUACUAUGCCAGUAUCGGGAAUUUAAGUUUAGCCAUAGACGACCUUGAAAGCCACCUUCUAAGCAAGGGAACAUCAUCAGACAGGUCACAAGAGGGACACGCGUAUAGAAUUCUUGGUAUCUGCUAUGCCAGUGUCGGACUAUUUAAUACCGCCAUAGGAUACCUUGAAGAUCACCUUCAAGAGGCGAAAGACUUAAAAGACUUUUCGCAAGAAGGAAACGCGUAUUUGAAUCUUGGCAUCUGCUACGCCAGUGUCGGGGAGUGUGAAAAGGCUAUAAACUACCUUAAACUUCACCUUCUAUUCGCGAAAACAUUAAAAGACAGGUCACGAGAGGAAAACGCGCAUGAGGCUCUCGGCAUCUGCUAUGCCAGUGUCGGUGAUUAUAAAAACGCCAUUGACCACCUUGAAAGUCACCUUCAAAUCGUGAAAGAAUUAAGUGUAACACGCAGGUCACGAGUUGAAAAAUUAGAAAAAGCGUACAAGAAUCUUGGCCUCUGCUGUGCCAGUGUCGGGGAUUAUGAAAAGGCCAUUCAGUACUUUGACCGUCACCUUCAAAUCGCGAAAGAAUUAUCACACAAGUCAGAAGAAACAAUUGCGUACAUGUAUCUUAGCAUCUGCUAUACCAAUAUCAGGAAUAGUAAAGAGGCUAUAGACCACCUUGAACGUCAUCUUAAAAUGGCGGAACAAUCACUAAAGUUAUCACAACUGCGUAACCGUUCUGCGAAUCUUUGCAUCUACCAUGCCAAGAAUCGUAAAGAGGCCAUAUUCCACCUUGAAAUCGCGAAAGUAUUACCAGACAAGUCACAAGAGGGAAACGCCUAUGGGGAUCUUGGCAUCUAUUAUGCCAGUGUCGGGGAAUUUAAAAAGGCCAUAGAACACCUUGAACGUCACCUUCAAAUCGCAAAAGAAUCAUCUUACAGAUCACAAGAGGGAAUUGCGUAUGGAAAUCUUGGUAUCUCUUAUACAAGUCUCGGAAAUUUUAUAAAGGCAGCAGACUGCCUGGAACGCCAACUUGAAAUUGCGAAAACAGUGGGGAACAGAUCACAAGAGGGAAUCGCGUAUGGGAAUCUUGGCAUCUCAUAUGCAAGUCGUGGAGAUUUUAAAAUGGCCAUAGACUUCUUCGAAAGUCAACUUGAAAUCGCGAGAGAAUUGGAAAACAAGUCACAAGCGGGAUGUGCGUACCGUAAUCUUGGCAUUUCCUAUGCAAGUCUUGGUAAUUUCAAAAUGGCCGAAGACUGCCAUGAACGUCUACUCGAAAUUGCGAAAAACCUCUCAAAGGGGUCACACCUGUUGCGCUCGCUUAGAAAUCUUGGCUCCUCCUAUGUAAAGGAAAAGGCUGUAGACCUCCUUGAACGUGAACUAGAGACUGUGUUAAAUUUGAGAGACAUGGCUCAAGAAGGAAGCGUGUAUAGGUGUCUUGGAAACGUCUAUCACAAUCAUGGGUUUUUCGAAAAAUCUAUAGAUUAUCAUGUGCGCCGUAAACAAGUAGCGAAAAAAUUGGGAAACAGAUCAGAGGAAAGUAGUUCCUACGAAAGUCUUGGCAACGCCUAUCUAAGUCUCGGGGAUUUUGAUAAGUCCAUCCUUUACUUUAAUCUUCAAUUACUAAUCGCGAAAGAAUUAGGAGACAGGUUGCAAGAAGGAGGCGCACAUGGAAAUCUUGGAAAGGCUUUUUACGGUGUCGGAGAUAUUUCAGAGGGCUUAAGCCACUUUGAUCAGCAACUGACUAUUGCGAAAGAAGUUGGGCAUAAGUGGCAAGAGGGAAGUGCGAAUGAAAAUCUUGGCAACGUCAAUUUUUGUCUUGGAGAAUUUAGAAAGGCCAUAUGCCACUUUAAAUGCCAGCAAAAAGUCGCAAAUGCAGUUGGAAACAAGUCCCAAGAGGAAAGUUCGUACGAGAACCUCGCCGACACACAUCGCAGUCUGGGAGAUUUCAAAACAGCCAUGGACUACUGUGAACGCCACUUAAAGGCUACAACUGAACUUAAAGGUAGGUCGCUUGAAAGACGUCACGAGAAUAGUCGAUUAGCUACGCAAGGUUAAUAAGGUUAAUCUUGAGUUAAUGACAAAACCUAGCAUACUAGGUAAAGCGAAUUGUGGUGGUAUUAGAGUCCGCAUGAGCAAGAGAUAUUGUCUGAAAAUCUGGGAUCAAUUUAAUGAAACUCUACAAGGGUAAUGUACAAAUGUAGCUAUUGUUUUCAGACUCUAAAACAAUGGCUACACUUGUAAAAGUUUUAUUAAAUUGACCCCUGAUGUCUUCAGAAGUAAAGUUGAGUUCAUGUUUACGACAGGGAACGAAACUGAAGAGAAAGGGAUAAGUAAUGAUCCUUGCAGUUGAACGCAGUUUAUGCAAUUGCGUAGAAGAUCAUUCCUCUUUUGAUUUCAUUUCCGCAGUUCUUACAUAUGAUUUAUUUCAUAUACAUUUGUCACAUUCAUCUCUUUCACGGGAACAGUUCAACACAUAACUGACCAGCUCGCAACAUCAGUGGUUUCAUAGCUUAGUUGGUUAGACCAUCGCACCGGUAUCGCGAGGUCACGACGGGCUCAAAGCCCGUUGAAGUCCUGAAUUUUUUUAAGGUUUUUACGCAAUUGUAUAAAUUGCGUCCACAACUGCGAGAAUCAUUCUUCAUUUGAUUUCAUUUCCGCAGUUCUUAUAUGAUUUAUUUCAUAUACAUUUGUCACAUUCAUCUCUUUCUCGGGAACAUAUGAAAACAUAAUUGACCAGCUCCCUGCAUAAGUGGCUUCAUAGUUGAGUUUAAAAGAGCAUCCACCGUUAUCGCGAGGUCACGUGUUCAAAUCCAGUAGAAGUCCUGCUUCUUACGCAAUUGCAAUUGCAUAUAUUACUUGCACAACUGCGAGGAUCAUUCUUCAUUUGAUAAGCCAGUGUUUCUAGUGUUUGUAAAGCGAGGUUGACAACGGAUAGACGAGAGUUGGUGACUUGGGUUACAGAAAAGUGUCCGAUGUCCGUAUUAACCUCAGCCGUAUAAAAAAUGUUAAUAUAGUAAAUAUAUUGAGCUUUUCGCGGGGACAAACGAACCGUCCGUCAAAUACGGGUGUCCGUAUUUAGCGUCAGUGUCCUGAUUCACCCUUUUACAAAUGGUAAACAAAUUAUACUUUGAAUAUGAACUCACAAUUGACCUGCCCUCCAACAGCUAAGUGAGUUUGUUUUAUUUUUGUGUUUUUACAACAAGGUGACCUCAAGGCGGCAAACAUCGAAGACGUCAUUACCAGUGAAGGAGGUAUAGUGGCUGGAAAGAAUGUCAGGUUGGUUUGCCCCACUGGAGCUGUUGACGAUUCCUUGUCUGUAAAGAUAACAUUAGAGGAUCCGUCAAAUUACUAUUGUAUGAUCGCCUCAAAGGAUCUUGAAAAUGAUGUCAUGAUAGCUGCACCAAUCGUAAAUCUUCAGCCCAAUGGCCAUUUCUUUAAGAAACCCCUUACGUUGACAACUGCACUCAAAAUCAAGCGUUUCAAGAGAGACGAUGUUUUCAUUUUGCAUGGCGCAGAGGCUAGAGAUGGAAAGAUCACAUGGCAAGACGUCACUCGAAACUCAAAGAUCAAUCAGGCAACCGCAGAAGUAGUCAUUGAAUUGGAGAAUUUCUCACUCAUUUUGGUUCUGUUACGUUGGACGUUGAUCUGCGCUAAAGACAUUCUGUCCAGGUUCGAUUUACUGUCGUUUAAGUAUACGUUAGUCGUGUUGUUGAACAAGAACAUUCCCUCUUCAGUCCACGAUGUGCUUGCUCUACUGUUCGUGAGCCAAGACCUCUGUCAUGAACAAUUCUACAGAGAGAACGAGACCUCAGCCCUAGUACAGCUCAAGAAGGAAGGUUUUUUGGAGGUCCACUUGCGUUCCGCUGACGGAUUCGAUGAAAAGCGAAUCUACAACCAUGAAAACCUUCAAGUGAGCAUUCAACUCGGGGAAGACUACAAGCUAGCUGACUGCCAGGACAGAAUAAUUAGUUUCAGUGUAGAUUCUUCUGUUUGGUGGAGUGGAGGAAAGGUGAUCAAACUUCCUCUGGAAUGGAAAAGCGAAGUGCGAUGUCUGUGUGGGACAAUCAGUGUACAAGGAGAAAAUGGGCAUGAGAGCAAGAGGCAUUUUAGCGAAGGAGGUAAAUGUGUGUAGCUAUAGCAUACUCAACCUAGAAUUAUGCCCAUGGUGUCAUAGAUCAGGUCCACGACAGUGGUAUGUCUUUUCUGCAACGCUAUUCAGACCGGGGAGUUGGACUUUUGAAGCCCUCCUUACUAAAAACUUUACAAAUCGAAUAGCUUAAAAACCGUUCGAGCUAUAACCGCUGUAUAAUUUUGGUGGCCGUAUCAUGAGCGGUUUUGAAGUUACUGUUAGGGAGCGUCUCCGAAGUUUCCCGUGGUCACAGGAAGCAAAAAUAAAAAAGCCAGUCUGGUUAGAGUUAAACUAAGGGCGCUUACUAUUGGUCAGAACUGGCCGGCCAGACCAUUCCUAAAUGAAUAAGAAUUUCAAUGUCCGGGCAGACAAUUCCUAGAUAAUAUGCAUUCAGUUGAUGGAUUUUGAAGCGAAAACCCUUUAAAAAAGCCUAUGUCAGUUUGGUUAACGCCCUAAAGUUUGGCCAUUUGUUGAUGACUGAUGUAGUCUGGUUUUUGUCAUUGCUACAACAUCAACCUUAAACACAUAGAGUGAAAGAAUGGUGAAUUUGGGUGUGUGUGUGUCUGGAGGGGGGGGGGAAGAUAUUUGUUCAAGACCGCACUCGAGACCUUUUAGGCAGUUUAAAGAAAGCCAGAUGUUAAACCAAAAGUAAACUUCUCUCUUUUAUUUAGGGCAUUUUGUAUGGCACAUGUGACACCAUGCUUGACCACCUAGGCCAUAUAAGUUCCUGGUUCUGACAUGUCAUUAGUGUUUUUCUUCAUCUUUACUGUGUUAAAGAGGGCCAGAUAAGUAAGCCAACUCCGUGAAUUUUAGGGCUUUAAUACCCGCAAAUACAGUACGCACGACACUUUGGUACCUUCCAACCAGUCCCAUGAGUAAAACUCACUUUGUUCUUUAGUUUGGUAUAAAGAAGUAAAUAAAGGCUCCUGAGUUAAAGACCUUUCGUUAUAAAUGUAACAACAUGUAUGAAUUCGUGCUUCUUCAACAGAUCCUUGUAAUUAUUUAAGAAGGCUACUGGGGUUGGAACAGGACACCGCAUUUAACGUCGUAACUAUUGCUGAGACUCUUAAGGUUCCUAAAGAGUCAAUAAAUGAAAUGAUGAAAAGUUGGAAGGACGACGAUGAGCAGUUGAAACUAAUUUUACAGCCAUGGUCGGAAGAGAGUGCUGACGCAGAAAAUCUUUCUUCUUACAGAAGUCUUCUGGAGGGCUUAACUCGCGAAGGUUAGUUGUGCUUCAGGCGGCUUUGUGUCGUUAUUAUCAGUAAUUAUGGCGCGAUGAAUCUUUUAAUUUCCUACUCGGCAUAAAAUUUAAAGCGCGUUAUUGUUGAGUGGUAGAGGCAUAAGAUGUUGAAAACUAUUUUUACUCCUAGUUUUUCAUCCCAGUCUUUUUCCGCCUUCUUUAUUUUCUUCAUUUGGCAGAACGUAAAAAAAAUAUUUAUCACCAGUUAAAUCGAAUUUUUUCGCAUUAUUACUGCCGAUAGCUGUAGCUCCUCUGAAAUUUUAUUAGACAUCGCGUUAAAACCAAAAAAAAGUUAUUGGAUAUAGUAUGUCAUAAUUCAAUGCCGCGCCUCAGCCUAUAGUAACAACGGAGCUACCUUAAGGUCUCUACCUUCCAUAGCGAUUAGCCACUUUUACAUUCUUUAAACUACUAUAUAUUUUGUUAAAAAAGAUGGAACGGUUGGUCGGUAUCCGCCUUCGCUGGCUUCACUAAAAAACGUUGUGUGGGUAGAGUAAAUGGGUGGGGAAAAGGGUUUACACCGCCUAUGCCAAGAAAAUCGGAAAUGAGCCACUGGCAACGUAAGGAAGUAAACUGACAAAGCUUAACAGCCUUCACAAACGACAGAUUACUACCUUAUUAGAAUUUGACGGUUAUUUCGUUUGUUGGGAGAGUGGUUAAGAGAAUAAUUUAUGCUCUGAUAUUUUUUGUCACCAGAAUACAGAGUUACACCAAGGGGCCAGAUGCAUAUCAGCCAUCUGAGACAGCUUGCCUUGAAGAUAACCGGUUUACAGGGCAUCAACACCGAUAUAGUGAAGAAUUUUUCCUGUAAAGCUACAACACUCUGUAACUCUGUGUUAAGAGAUUGUGGUAUCGAAUUAGGAAUUUCUCCUGAGGAUGUGGAAAGAACCGCCUCGUCUUCUAAUCAAACAGAUUAUUUGAUCGAACAUUUCAUCAAACGUCAACAACUAUCUGAUGAAAUUGCGAAAAACUAUCAACGAGUAUGUUCAUUUUCUAAAGAACCGAACACCAGAAUUUUCCUGGCCAUUGUUCCUCACCUCAUUCAAGACAUCAAGGAAAUUUUCGUUGACCGUGAUAGGUUAGUGCCGCAAAAUGGCUUGAAGGGUCUUCCUGAGAAAGAUAUCAAUCGAUUUUUGUCAAGCGUUUCGAAUGCCCAACAGUACAGCAGAUUCAAAGAACUUGUGUAUGUGGAGUGCCAAAUUCUUGAGAUGUUGUGCCUUGAGAAUCGCAACCAGACGUCAGCCGCUGAAAUUACGAAGUGGAGCGAACGUCUAGCCAUUGACCAAAUGCUUAAUUUUCUAGCAAGGUUUUUCCAGGACUGCGAGGCCGACAUUAAGCUGUGUAAGAGAUUAGACCUUUUUUGUUGCAGCCUACGAGACACAUUGUUAACCGAUGACAAGGGGGUAGACGAAGAUUUCAUGCAAGAUUUUUCCAACGUAAUAAGAGAGCUACUUGAUUUCGCCAAGUUUGAUCCAUCGAAACUGGUGAGAUUUGAACUGGUUGAUUCGAAAAACUCCCCAUUGUCUUGUAACUCGUCUGAUGUUGACAACGUGGAGCACGACGAGUAUGACGGCACAUACUCUCAAAGGUUCAUUAUCAAGAAAGAAUCGGAGGAUGAGCUUCAACUGGGUGCGGCUGCAUGUGUGCACAUUGAUGGGUCAAUUUGCAAGAAAGGAGCAUUCAGUCAGUUAUUAUGCUGA